AUGAAUGAGGGCUCGCUCAUCCCAUGCCCCUCUGUUCUACACAGCUCAAACCUUCCAUCAGCAGCUCCCACCCGGGUGCCGGGUUUUGCGGUGUCCCACGCCGGCCACCUGUUGCCGGCUUGCAGCGUCCCGGGCCUGCAGGGCACCGCGGGGACCGGCGAGCCUCGUCCAGGAGUUGCACCGAACUCCGAGGAGACUUUGGCCCGCGCGGCCGGCCCGCAACUCCGAGGCACCUGCGGCUCCAGCAGGAGACCCAAUCCCGCGCCCAAGGCCCGCCUGGCCUGCGCCUCUCCCGCACCUGCGGCUCCGGCUAGUGCCGGGGACCCACCCCGCAGCCGCCGCCCGCCUGGUCGGGCCGGGGUCGCCUCACCUCGGGCGCUCGCUAUUCUCCCUCCGCUGCGCCGUGGCUCCCGCCACCUCCGACGGCCUGGGGCAGCGUCCGGGCCUCGAGCCGCCGCCGGGCCGCACCGAGAGCGAGAGGAGUCCCUAAAAUUCUGUAAACAAGAACCUCACAUGCAGGACUAACAGUGAAGCUGGAGGAAAAGGGAACAAUUCAG